GUGAAUCUCAUACCGUCACUCUGAUCUUUCUUCAUUCUGCUUUCACUUCACUCAGAGACACCAAUGAGGAGCUUUUAAACAGUGACUGUAUGUGUUUGUUUCUUGAUGUGUGAUUCUGAAAGGAGCUAAAACUCACUCAGUGGGUUGAAGGGCUACGGUGGCUGAUUCUCAACUGUGCUGCUCUGAUCAUUACAGACGUCCUAAAAGAGAAAGUGGAGUUUGGACUAAAGGAGCCAUUACAGAGAAACAGCACAGCAGCAGUUGGAGGAAAUGGCUGCUAGAAACCCUCUUUCAGAAGAAGAGCUUUCGUGUCCUGUGUGCUGUGAAAUCUUCAGGGAUCCUGUUGUUCUGUCGUGCAGCCACAGUGUGUGUAAAACCUGCCUGCAGCAGUUCUGGGAAACUAAGGGGUCUCGAGAAUGUCCAGUUUGUAGGAGAAGAUCCUCCAGAUCUGAGCCUCCUGUUAGCCUUACACUGAAAAACCUCUGUGAGUCUUUUCUAGAGAGCAGGAGUCAGAGAUCUUCAGCAGGGUCUGAGGUGCUCUGCAUUCUGCACAAUGAGAAACUCAAACUCUUCUGUCUGGAUGAUCAGCAGCCUGUGUGUGUGGUGUGUCAGACUUCAAAGAAACACAAAGAUCACAAAUUCUGUCCAACAGAUGAAGCUGUGACUGACUUUAAGAAUAAACUCAAGUCUGCUUUGGAGCCUCUACAGAAGAAUCUGAAAGUCUUAGAGGAAGCUAAACAAGACUAUGACCAAACAGCAGCUCACAUUAAGACGCAGGCCCAGCACACAGAGAGGCAGAUAAAGGAGGAGUUUGAGAAGCUUCACCAGUUUCUAAGAGAUGAAGAAGCAGCAAGGAUAGCUGCACUGAAGGAGGAAGAGGAGCAGAAGAGUCAGAUGAUGAGGAGGAAGAUUGAGGAGAUGAAUGGAGAAAUAUCAGCUCUUUCAGACACAAUCAGACACAUAGAGAAGGAAAUGGAGGCUGAGGACGUUCUGUUCUUACAGAACCUAAAGUCUACAAUGAAACAAGUUCAGCACACGACAGAUCCAGAAAAGACAUCAGGAGCUCUGAUCAAUGUAGUGAAACACCUUUCCAACCUGAAGUUCAGAGUGUGGGAGAACAUGCAGGAGAUUCUCCAGUACACCCCCGUUACUCUGGACCCCAACACUACACAUCCAGACCUCCACCUGUCUGAUGAUCUCACUGCUGUAGAAAACACAUACAUGGAAACAUCACUUCCUGAUAAUCCAGAGAGAUUUGAUAAGUACCUGUGUGUUCUGGGUUCUGAGGGUUUUAACUCAGGGACACACUGCUGGGACGUCCAGGUUGGAGACAGUGAUAACUGGCAACUGGGUGUGGUAACAGAGUCUGUAAUAAGAAAAGGAAACUCUUUCUGGGAUUCCGUGUGGAGUCUGAACUACAGUAGAAGCAGUAAUAAAUACUGGAUACUCUGUCCAGGACAGUCAGGUCACUCUCUCCCACCUAAAGAGAAGCUGCAGAGGGUCAGAGUGCAGCUGGACUGGGACAGGGGGAAAGUGACCUUCACUGAUCUUCUAACCAACACACACCUGCACACUAUAACACACACUUUCACUGAGAGAGUUUUACCACUUUUCUGUAAUGUGUCUAAUCAUCCUCUGAGGAUCUUACCAGUGAAGACGUCAGUAACAGUGGAACAGCACAGUUAAAGUUGAUGCUGCUUAGAAUGAACAUUUAUACAGGUAGUGAGUGUCUGAAUUAUGAUCAUAAGAAUAUGUCACUACAUGUGGUAGCACAGACUGAGCUACCCCGGGUUGAGGAAGGAUGCUGGCGGCAGGAGUGAACGUUUCAGCAAGCAUUUGAACUUUAUGUUCACAUCAAACAUAAAACACAAUGAAAACUGGCCCUUUUCAGUCCCUUUUCUCACAUGAGAGGUUUCAGCUCCUUUUUGCUGCUGCUCACCCCUCUUCUCUCUCUGUUCACUCUCUGCUCUGAGCCUUCACCUGCUCUGCAGUGAGGCCUCUGGGAUCCAACAUUAGGCCUAUUAAAGUGGCCUCAUUGCAGGAUCGGAGGUGCUCAGGAGGUGGGGCUCGAAACUCAGACGCUGUCCCCCCAGGCCUCACGGUUAUAAUCCUCCCCCCCGCUGUCAUCCUGGGCUGUCAUCUUAAAGUGUCAUUUAAAGUGUCAUAGAGUGACUCCUGAUAUCAUUACAACAUUAGAAACGUUAUUUGAGUGAGAUUUCACUCAUUUUCAGUGUAGAUUUUAUUUCUCUAUCAUCCUGCAUUUUUCUCCAUCAUUAGAUCUUUAAAACUCUGCUUUGGUUCAGAGAUUAGUAGUUUACUGUGUGAAAUAAACUGCAUGAGAUUAUAUAAAUUCCUGUGUUUUUUCCUCAUCACAGCAAAGUAGCGCCCCGCCCUCCACUAGAAUAAUCACACUCACCUACUCCUCCACUGCAAUAACCACACCACACCCACCAACCCUUCACCCACCACCCUUCACACUGUCACCACUGCCUCUGCCGUUUUCAAUGUGAAUUCGCAGCGCAGACAUGAACAAGAAUAAACGUGCUGUCAUUGGA